AUGACUGUCAUGAUGCCUCAACGCCACCGGGCUACAGCCAAGAAGCCCAUGUGGAUAAUCGUGCUCUUGUCUAUGGUUUGCAUCGUGUUGAUUGGGGCUUACGUCUUCCCACCGCGGCGCUUCUCUAAGUGCUACCUCUCUGCUUCAAGUGUAUGUACGAAUUUCAAGGAUUGGCUCCCUUCCAUGGGCCGUCGGGAGCGGACUGACGAGGAGAUUAUUUCAUCUGUAGUUAUUAGGGAUAUCCUUUCAAUGCCCAUGCCUGUGUCAAAAAAUCCAAAGAUCGCCCUUAUGUUCUUGACACCAGGUUCAUUGCCCUUUGAGAAAUUGUGGGAGAAGUUUUUACAGGGACAUGAGGGAAGAUACUCCAUCUAUGUGCACGCAUCACGUGAAAAGCCGGUUCAUACUAGUUCUUUGUUUGCUGGUCGGGAUAUUCACAGUGACGCAGUAGUAUGGGGAUUGAUUUCAAUGGUUGAUGCUGAGAAGAGACUAUUAGCGAAUGCACUGGAAGAUGUUGAUAAUCAAGUUUUUGUCUUGCUUUCUGACAGCUGUGUUCCGCUGCAUUCAUUUGAUUAUGUGUAUAACUACCUGAUGGGAACAAAUGUUAGCUUCGUGGAUUGUUUCAAGGAUCCAGGUCCACAUGGCAGUGGAAGGUACUCUCCUGAGAUGUAUCCUGAAAUAGACAAGAGGGAUUUUAGAAAGGGUGCCCAGUGGUUUGCAGUUACGAGGAGACAUGCUUUAAUGAUUCUGGCUGACAGCCUGUACUACAAGAAGUUCAAGCUAUACUGCAAGCCAGCGGAAGGGCGCAACUGUAUUGCAGAUGAGCAUUAUUUGCCAACCCUGUUCAAUAUGGUAGAUCCUGGUGGAAUCUCUAAUUGGUCUGUUACAAAUGUGGAUUGGUCUGAGGGAAAAUGGCAUCCAAGGUCAUAUAGCGCUGAUGAUGUCACCUAUGAUCUCUUGAAGAAUAUUACAGCAAUUGAUGAGAUCUUCCGUGUAACAAGUGAUGACAAGAAACUUGUGAUGCAGAAGCCGUGUUUGUGGAAUGGAUCAAAGAGACCGUGCUAUCUUUUCGCUAGGAAGUUUAAUCCUGAAGCACUUGACAACCUACUGAAGCUAUUUACCAGUUAUACAUCUGUUUGA